GGCCGGGCCUGGCUGGGGACGGGGCCGGCGCCCGCGGGACCUGGAGGGGACUCGGCCGGGCAGCAUGUGACACCGGCCAGGUGGGUGCCCGCCUCCCCUCUGCGCCCUGGGCUCGGGCGGCCGCAGAGCCCGGCCGAGGACUCAGUCCUGAUGGAGGCCGAGGAGCCUGAGUAUGAACUGUCUACUUCCACCCCUGGCGUAAAAGAAUUUGGAGCUAUUCCAGAGGCUAUCAUGAGGAGCAGCCAGAUUCCUGCCUUGGAGCCUGAAGUUCAAGACCAGGGCCCAUCCUUUAAGUGGACAGAGGGACACAAACUCUUGGAGACCCAGCCGAAAGAAUUAAGGGACAUGAGUGACCAUGCAGCUGAGAGUGUGCCCUUUUUCCCCAAAGGAGGGUCUGUGGAUGUGGAGCCCAGCCAGGAAGACCUUCUGGCUGAGGCCUGUGGCACUCCAGAAUACCAGGAGUCAGAACGCCUGACACUGGCAGACAGCAGAGCAAGGACACUAACUCCUCCAAAGCACGGGGUCUUCCCUGUCCGGGGCGAGUGGCUGGACACGGUCCCCAUAUCCACUGAACUGGGCAGUAGAGUAGAGGUGGAAUUUCUGCCAGAACUCCCCUCCUUGAUAUUGGGAGCUAAACGAGCACAUGGAAGGGAGGAAGCCUCCCCAGCUGCCUCUGUUCAGGCUGGAUGUUGGCCUCCCUGCAAAGUACACUCUAUCGAAACUAACCAGACCAAGGGCUCUGCAACUGGAACUGUCAGCCAGGGGGAAGAGCUGCAGAUGGAAGAGGCACUGGAAAGUCAAGAGCAAGAAGGGCUUCUGCAUCCUCAGGAAGCCCCAGGGCCAGGGAAGCAGGAACAACAGGAAGGGGAAUUUGAGGGGGAAGGAGGUGUAGGAGAGGCUGUGUGCUCUGAUGGGCUUUGGCGGGAGCGAGAACAGACGGUAGAGCCACCUAACGACAAAGAGGGAGAACAGGGGCCAAAACAGGAACAGGUAGAAGAUGACGUGGUACUUGGAGCACAGGGAGAGGGAGCGAGGCUCAGUGGGGAGUUAGAGGGUCUGAAUUAUGAUGAAUGUGUUCCAGAGAACAGGGAGAGGAAAACGCCAGGUCAGGGAGGUCCGGAAGCAGAGAAGCAGGAGGACGGGGUGUGCAGGGGGCCAGGGGAAUGUUGGGUGACCUCUCAGUGUGCAGAAAAUCAAGGUUUAGUCGAGAAGUCAGAAGAAUUAACCAGAAAGCAGGUAGAUCAAGGUGUAAGGGGGGAAAUGAGGCCAAUGGAGACACAGGAGGAAGAGGCAGGGUCAGGUGAGGAGGAGCCUGGGAAUUGGGAUAGGCAUGGGCUGGGGGUAGUGCAGAAAGAACGGACGGCAGAAGAGGACAAAGAGUAUCAGGUUCCUUCUAUGCUGGCUGCAGUAGCCCCCGAGGUCCCAUCUUCCUGUGAUAUGCUUCCGGAAGUCUCCUGUCCCAUGGCUCAGAUUCCUGGGACUCACACAGAAUCCGGAGCUGGAGAACCUUUCCCCAGAGCUCCAACUCCUGCACCAGAGCCAACAGGACGUUUCUCCCAGCCCAUUUCUCCUCCUCACUGCUUUCCCAGUGGGGAGGCUCUGAACAGCAACACAAUUCAUAGUAGCCAGCCAGGAGGACCUGAGCUGAGGGCGGAGACAGGGUCCAGUCAAGGAGCUGAAGUGGUCUCCGCUGAUACAUCUGCAGCACCUCCAAGAAUACGAGCUUCAGCUCCUUUGAGUCCUGCUGACGACUCCCCUGUCACAACUGCCACACCUCCGGCCAGCCCUCCGGUUGUCUUUCCAAGGAGGCAGAGUCCGAGAGCUCGCUCAACUGAUGUCCUACCUGCCUGUGGAGCACUUGACACUCCCCCGGCCUCUGUGCACAGCUGGCCCCCUGCAGAGGUCAACAAGGACCCACGUGCCAGCUCCAAUGGGAUCAGCCCUCACAGUGUCCUGGCCAACUGCACGGGGGCCACCCAGCACCUUAGGAGCAACUCCUUUCCAGGUUCUCACAGGACAGAGCAGCCGGCAGACCUGGUGGGAAUGUCGCUUUCCUUCUCUCACUCGGAGUUACCCCAGAGGCCCCCUAAACCUGCCAUCUACGGUUCUGUGAUGCCAAGAAGGGACAGGAGAAGCGGUAGGGACUGCAGCAUCAUUUCACAGUCUCCUUCUGCAUUGUCUGCUCUGAGGCAGGGCUCUCAGGAAUUCGCUUCGAAUCCAGAGAGGACCAGGGGUCCCCAAGGCAGGCAGCCAUGGGACUCCCCCCAGGAUUCGGCCUUUGCUACAGGAACUCCUACCUAUGGCUCUUCGCCAUCCACUGUCCCCAUGGACAUGAGGAUCUGUGAGCCUCCGCCCCCUCCUCCCCCAGAGAAGAGGCACACCCGCCCUUCCUUGGUGGAGAGAGACGGUCAUCCUCCUGCGGUGGUCCCCACACUGAAGCAGCGGAGCCAUCCUCCUCCUUUGCCCCUAAGUGAACAGCUACACGGUCCCCCUAAAGGCCCCCUUCCCCAAGUUCCUGACCCCCCUGUGGCAAGACAGCACCGACCUCUGCCCUCUCCUCCAGAGAGCUCCCAUCUCACUCAUACCUCCUUCUCCUCCAGGCUCAGAUACAACAAACCAUUGCCCCCAACUCCUGAUUUGUCCCAAGCCCACCCCGCCCCCCUUUCCUCUUCCAGUAUCUCAAGGACAUAUAGGCCUCUACCCCCCGUCCCCAUCACAAAUCCUGCCACUGACCCGCCCCCCUUACCACCGAAGGCCAGGAGCAGGAGCGCUCAGGGAGGACUUGUGAAUUCAGGGGGCCAAGCCAAACCUAGACCUGCUGGCCAAGACUGGACAGUCUCCACUCCUCCCUCUGCUGGACGUACCUCCUGGCCCCCAGCCACGGGCCGACCCACAGAGUCUUUGGCUUCCACCAGCAGGAGUAAGAGUGAAGUGUCCCCUGGUAUGGCUUUCAGCAACAUGACAAACCUUCUGUGUCCCUCUUCCCCUACCGUCCCCUGGACUCCGGAAUUCCAGGGCCCCAACACUAAGACUGAAGCAAGGCUCUCAGAAGAGUCUGAGGCCCCCGCAAGAGGACCAUUGAGAAGAUCACCGCCUCAGCAAGGAGGCAGUGGCCCAAGGAGGUCCGCUGUGGGCCCAGUGAGGCAGCUAGAAAAGCCCAGCCAUCCCCAGCUGGAAAAGGCAUCCAGCUGGCCCCACAGACGGGACACAGGGAGACCCCUGGAGGUCAGCAGUGAGCAUGCUGUGCUCCCUGGUGAAGGGCCCAGCAAGCACAAGAGCUGGAAUCGGCAGGGCCUGCGCAGACCUUCCAUUUUACCUGAGGGUUCUUCCGAUUCAAGAGGUCAGACCAUGGGAAGAUUCUGCAGCCCCUCAGACAUGGUGGUUCUUCGGGAGAAGAAGCCAAAGGAGGGGAUGGGAAGCUUUUCACGACGCUGCUCCAAGCUCAUCAACUCCUCCCAGCUGCUUUAUCAGGAGUACAGUGAUGUUGUUCUGAACAAGGAGAUUCAGAGUCAGCAGCGUCUGGACAGUGUGGCAGAGGCCCCUGGCCUGGCCUCCCCCAGGCAGCCACGGAAGGCCCUGGUGUCCUCCGAGUCCUACCUGCAGCGCCUGUCUAUGGCCUCCAGUGGCUCCCUCUGGCAGGAAAUCCCCGUGGUGCGAAAUAGUACCGUGCUGCUUUCCAUGACCCACGAAGACCAGAAGCUACAAGAGGCCAAAUUUGAGCUGAUCGUGUCCGAGGCUUCAUACUUGCGCAGUCUACAUGUAGCUGUGGAUCAUUUCCAACUUUCACCCCAGCUCCGGGCCAUCCUCUCCAACCAAGAGUACCAGUGGCUCUUCUCUCGUCUACAGGAUGUGCGAGAUGUCAGCACCACGUUCCUUUCAGAUCUAGAAGAGAACUUCGAGAACAACAUCUUCUCCUUCCAAGUGUGUGACGUAGUCCUGAACCAUGCUGCAGACUUCCGCCGGGUCUACCUGCCCUACGUCACCAACCAGACCUAUCAGGAGCGCACCUUCCAGAGCCUGCUGAGCAGCAACAGCAGUUUCCGAGAGGUCUUAGAGAAACUGGAGAGUGACCCCAUCUGCCAACGCCUUUCCCUCAAGUCCUUCCUGAUUCUGCCCUUCCAGCGCAUCACCCGCCUCAAGCUGCUGCUACAGAACAUUCUGAAGAGGACACAGCCUGGCUCCUCAGAGGAAGCAGAAGCCACGAAGGCCCACCACGUGCUGGAGGAGCUCAUCCGAGACUGCAAUAACAAUGUCCAGAGGAUGCGGCGGACAGAGGAGCUGAUCUACCUGAGCCAGAAGAUUGAGUUUGAGUGCAAAAUAUUCCCUCUCAUUUCUCAGUCUCGCUGGUUAGUGAAGAGUGGGGAGCUGACAGCCCUCGAGUUCAGUGUCUCUCCGGGGCUGCGAAGGAAACUGAACACACGGCCGGUCCAUCUGCAUCUCUUCAACGACUGUCUGCUGCUGUCACGGCCCCGAGAGGGAAGCCGCUUCCUGGUAUUUGAUCAUGCUCCCUUCUCCUCCAUCCGAGGGGAAAAGUGUGAAAUGAAGCUACACGGACCACACAAAAACCUCUUCCGCCUCUUCCUGCGGCACAACACGCAGGGCACGCAGGCCGAGUUCCUCUUCCGCACGGACACUCAAAGUGAAAAGCUGCGGUGGAUCUCAGCCUUGUCCAUGCCAAGAGAGGAACUGGACCUGCUGGAGUGCUAUGACUCCCCACAAGUGCAGUGCCUUCGCGCAUACAUGCCCCGAGAGAACGACGAGCUGGCUCUGGAGAAGGCCGAUGUGGUCAUGGUGACUCAGCAGAGCAGCGACGGCUGGCUGGAGGGCGUAAGACUCUCGGAUGGGGAACGGGGCUGGUUCCCCCUGCAACAAGUGGAGUUCAUUUCCAACCCAGAGGCCCGUAAACGGAACCUCAAGGAAGCCCAUCGAGUCAAGACUGCCAGGCUGCAGCUGGUGGAGCAGCAAGCCUAGCUGCUCUCCUGGGACCCUCCUGACAAACCAGCUGCGUACAAAAAGCUGCUUCUGGAGACAGCGGGCCCCAGAACCUCGCUGCAGAGGUCUUCUCUGGACCAAGAACUAGGUCUUCGGAAAGCCCAAGGACAAAGCCCAGCUGGCCCAGACAGUCGUCCUUGGCCUCUUUUGGGGUGCUUUGGGCUUGGUGGGGGAGUAUUGAGGGUCUUCACACUGGAUUCUGGGAUCCUUUCUUUUUCAUAGGAAAAGUAAACGUCCUCUGCUUCCAGAGUACAGAUUCACAGCUGGCCAAAGUUUAGUCAUAGCCGUAUGUUCAACAGAAUCUGACCUCAGUCCACUGGAGGGAGAUGUUUAAGGGGGAUGAAGACAUCAGAUGAUAAGGUCGUCCCGAUGACCAGUCAGGUAUCUUACAACCCUAGAGAUGCUACACAAUUCUUGGUGUAAGCUCAGUGCAUGCAUCUCUGAGAUCUCUGUCUCUUGGUGGCCGUGUGAGGGUGACCGUCUCUCACUCUAAUAAACUUGGCACUUCUCCAAGUG